AUGAAAACCGCGGAACGUGAUGCUUUCCAUCUCGCCCUCAAAUCCCUCGUUGGUGAGGUAGCCCAUUCCAACGUUAUGUAUGGUGGCGACCUUUGCGUCUUCCCAAACUCAAUGGAUCAACAAAAAAUCCUCCUUUCCACCUCCCAGCUAGCAGACAGAAACUUUACUUGCUCCCUCCCUUCGUCUUCCUCCUCCAUGAGCAAGGGAGUCAUUUUUGAUGUCCCAGUUGAUGACAAGGAAGAAGACAUUCUCGCAGCGCUCUCCAACCAAAACGUCAUCGCAGUUAAAAGGCUACCCAUGAAAGGCCACCCUGAAAUACACUCCAAAACCGUUCUCCUCUCUUUCUCGUCCACCCUCCCAGAUAAAGUCAACAUGGCCGCACUCAUGUACAAGGUCCACUUGUCCAUCCCGAACCCAUUUCGUUGCAAAAAAUGUUGGCGUCUCGGCCACACCUCCUCAAAAUGCAGCUCUAAUCUUACUAAAUGCAAAAAAUGUGGGUCCCUUCACGCACCAGAUUUUCUCUGCGUCACCAAAUGCGUCAAUUGCAGUAGUCCUUCUCAUGAGUCCGACAGUGAAAACUGUCCCGAAUUCCUCGAGCUCAAAGCCAUCCUAAAAUUCGCCGCAUUAAACGGGAUCUCUGUUCAGGAAGCGCGUUCUAAACAUAAGAGCUUAUACAGCCAAACCAUCCUCAGAGCUAAACGUAGCUCGCCUCACUCGGACCCAAGCAACUCGAAUCCCACCAUCCCUGAUCUUUUGAGCUCCCAAAUAUCCUCUCUUCAAGACGAAAUCAAACAAGUGAGAGAGAUCACUCUCCCCGGCCUAAAUGCAUCCAUUGCCGCCUUAAAUAAAGACCUCGAUAACACCAAAAAGAAAGUAGCUAAUUUUGACCAGCGCUUUGACAAUUUCGCCCAAAAACAAGACUCUCGAUUCGACUCUAUCGAAUCAUUAUUGAAACAACUCACCGCUGCCAUCUCUCCACUGACUUCUUGCCAGUCCCCUUCCGUCAUUACGGGCAAAGACGUUAACCUCAACCCUGCUCUCCCCACCUCCUCUUUUAACCAUAGCCCAAUUGAGCCUAUGACCAAUCCCCCCCUAAGCAGUGUCAAUGAAUACUUUUCAGAAAACCACCUCGCUUUCUCCAAUAACUUGUCUAAUGAUUAA